CUCCAAUUCUCCAUCCGUACUUAGUCAAAACUUUAAAGAGUCCUCCCUUCCUCAGUUUUCUGUUGUAGCUGUCGCGAUUCUCAUAUCUCUUCUUCCCUUAACUGUUUUCCACAAUGAAAUGACCUCAUAAUUUCUCUCAAAAUUUCAUCUAAAGGGUAAUUUGAUAGAGAAGACAUUCAGUUCUGGUCUCAAAUCUCAAUCAAAGGAACCCCUUUGGGAAUUUGAAUUCCGUGUCAUCUUACUACUGUAACUAUACACGAUGAGGCCAUGACCCAACCCAAAAAUAUACAUAAAAGUUUCGGAUCCCCCUUCACACUUCUUCACACAGAUUAAACUCUCUCUUCAGCUCUUCUCUUGUGGGCUAAUCAGUUUCUUCUCUUUUAUCAGUCAUGAAGAAGGAAAGGGUCGUUGCGUACCUCUGUUUUCUGUGUCUAUUGUUGCCCAUAUUGGUUUCGGCUGAAUGUACUUGUGAGAAAGAUGAAGAAGGAGAUCGUAACAAGAGCUUGGCUCUUAAAUAUAAGAUUACGGCCUUGUUUUCGAUUCUUUUCGCAGGUGGCAUUGGGGUUUGUUUGCCAAUGAUGGGGAAGAUGAUUCCAGAUCUGCAACCCGAAAAAGAUAUCUUCUUCAUCAUCAAAGCUUUUGCAGCUGGUGUCAUUCUAGCAACUGGGUUCAUUCAUGUCUUACCAGAUGCAUUCGACACUUUAACCAACCCUUGUCUCAAAGGGAAGGCUUGGGAAUUUCCGUUAACUGGUUUCAUUGCCAUGAUGGCUACGAUUGGAACAUUGAUGGUAGAUAGUUUGGCUACAGGAUACUAUACCAGGUCGCACUUCAAUAAGUCGCAACCAGAGAAAGGAGACGAGGAAGGAGCAGGAGAACAUUCAGGUCUUGUUCAUGUUCAUACUCAUGCCACUCAUGGCCAUGCUCAUGGGUCUGGUAUUGCUAUUGCAUCUGAAGGCUCGCCCACAACCGCCCUUAUCCGGCAUCGCGUAGUUUCGCAGGUUUUGGAGCUGGGAAUUGUUGCACAUUCUGUCAUCAUUGGAAUAUCAUUGGGUGCUUCUGAAAGCCCCAGUACCAUAAAGCCUCUGGUUGCAGCCUUAACUUUCCACCAGUUCUUUGAGGGAAUGGGGCUUGGUGGAUGCAUCACCCAGGCAAAAUUCAAGUCAAGAGCAGUUGCAAUUAUGGCAAUCUUUUUCUCCCUCACUACACCAGUUGGGAUUGCACUGGGCAUAGGAAUAACAAAUGUCUAUGAUGAGAACAGCACAGCAGCACUAAUUGUUGAAGGGAUUUUCAACUCUGCUUCAGCUGGGAUAUUGAUCUACAUGGCACUUGUUGAUCUACUAGCAGCUGAUUUCAUGAAUCCUAGGAUGCAAAGCAAUGGAAAGCUUCAGUUUGGGGCCAAUGUCUCCCUUCUUGUAGGAGCAGGUUGUAUGGCCCUUCUAGCUAUAUGGGCUUAAGUUGUUGGUAGAGGUAUAGAAAUUUUUAUAGUUUUUAGUGAAUCCCUUCUUCACCCUUGCUUCCCUUUUUGGAUAAUUUGCUUCUUUUUAUAGGUUGUUGUUGUGAAAAUAUACAUAAGAGAAUUUUCAUCAUUGGCAAAGUUAGGAUCUUUUUUUCUCCUUACUAGUUUUGGUAGAGAACAGGUAUAUGGGAAAUGGGAAGUCUCUUUCAUUUAGAUCAACAAUCCAACGUCAUUCAAAUUCUUAUUUCUCUUAUUUUC